AUGGCCGUCGGACUCAUGGCGUCGGCGGCCCACCACGCCGCCGUCGACGAGGAGGCUCGAGCCGAGGUCGAUGUGCUUAACUCGCGCCUCGACAAGACGACACAGUUGACCAAAAAGAUCCAAGCCUGUCUGGGCCGUCUCGAUGCGUCCGGGCAAAGCGUCCGCGAGGUGGCCGGCCCCCUCAGCGGCGAGACGAAGCGCCUCCAGCUGCUGGGAAACAACGUCGAUGCCGUGCUCGCUGCCAUCGGCCGGCUUAGACAGCCGGCCGACAGCAAGGAGGACGAGGAGCAGAUUAUCAGGGCCGGGCCCGACAAGGCCGGCCUGUCCAACUACCUUGCCUCCAUCAAGCGCCUCAACAAGUCCCAUGCCGACAUGCAGGCUUCCAACCUGCGCGCCAAUCAGCACACUAUGGCGGAUCUGACUCGCCUCAUCAAGGCGGGCAACUCCCAGCUCGAGGCCUACUUUGACAGACUGCUCCGAGCUGAGACGCCCAGAGCCAUUGAGCCUCUCCACUUCAUCACCAAGGACAAACAGUUCCCCGUCCUACCUCAGGAUAAGAUUGCCCGCCUGGGUCUGAUAUACUCUUAUCUGUCUUCAUGCGGCCAAGCCAUGGGUCACGAUGCCCCCGCUGCGAAAAUCUACGCCGACAUUCGCGCCCCGUAUCUCUCAUCCUCGUUGGCGAAUCUGGCCGCCGCCAGCGUCAAUACUGCCAAGAAGAAGAAUCCAGGCGCCAUGUACCGUGCCGGGACCAACGGCAUAGGCACCUACGCUCAGGCCAUGGAGGCCAUGUUCAUGUCCGAGUACGACAACAUAUGCAGCAUCUUCACGCGCGAUGAUUGGGGCAACGUCUUUCAGUCAACGUGCCAGUCGGCGCUCAACGAGCUCGCCCGUACUGUCAGGGAACUGAAUGCCCACAUAAAAGCCCACCUCACCACAGACUGCUAUCUCGCAUACGAGGUUACCGAGAUCCUCUCAGCAAUGUCCGGGAAUUUGGACGCGAGAACCGGCGAACUCAAAUCGGCACUGGCUGCUGUUCUAAAGCCCAUUCGCGAGACCGCCAAAUCUUCUCUGUCUGAGCUGCUCGAGGAGACCAAGCGCAAGGUCGGCAGCCUUCAGGGGCUGCCUUCGGACGGCGCCCCGACGCCGAUGGUGUCGGAGACUAUGCAGCGCCUGCAGGCCAUGGUAGAGUUUUUGAGACCCAUCUCAGGCAUCAUGAUCUCGCUAGGCGACGGAGGAUGGAAAGCUAACACGGCCCCAAGCGGCCGCUCUGCCGAUGCCAUCCCUAGCCUAGCUUCCUUUGAUAUUGGCGCGGACGGCAAGGACCUGUUCUCGCGCUACUGCCUCGAUACUAUCGACGCCCUGCUCACCGCUCUGGACCAGAAAGCACGUGCUGUCCUCCGGGCCAAGUCCCUCAUCGGUGUCUUCAUUGCCAAUAACGUCGCCAUCAUCCAGCGAGCUAUCCGAGACUCUGACCUCCACGCCCUGCUGGAGUCUCGACUAGACUUGCUCGACCAGUGGCGCAAGAGGGCGACCGCGUCUUACACCGACAUCUGCAAGGACCUUUCGGUCUAUCUUUUCGAUACCAUCCACACCAACCGUACUCAGCGCCCAACCUCCGGACAGGCUGACUCUGCGUCCGUAGUAAAGGGCCUGAGCAGCAAAGACAAGGAUAAGAUCAAGGAGAAGUUUUCUCAGUUCAACAGUGCCUUUGAUGACAUGGUCUCCAAACACCGGUCAUAUCACAUGGAGCGCGAGGUGCGAUCCAUGUUCGGGGAAGACAUUCGCCAAAAGCUGCAACCGCUCUACGACCGUUUCUGGGACCGGUACCACGAAAUCGACAAGGGAAAGGGCAAAUAUGUAAAGUACGACAAAUCGGCCAUCGCCGCCGUGUUCCUCAGCCUCGCGUCUUGA